GCCUGCGGACCUGAAGCAGUGGGCUUUAUAAAGAGCUAAAUUUACCAAAUUUACGUUGUUUCCUGAGCUCUCACAAUUGGUCAGGCGGGCCCGGGCUAGAGGGUUAUAAGGUUUGGAGGACCUCCUACCCCUCUAAAAAGUUUGUUCAUGUACUCGGGGCGCAGCUUGUGGAGAGAGGCGACAGUGAGCUGAGGCGCACGGACGGACUCGGCGCGGCUGCCGCUCGACACGACGCGACUUUGACGAGAGACGGUUGUGACAUUUAAAAGAAAAAACAAAAAAACAAGCAAAAAAAAAAAAAAAAAAACAAACCAAAACGAUGGCCUUAACUGGAGUGAUGCUACCGUCUUUUUCGACAUUCUCAAACCAAAGAGAAAAAACCUGGGAAAAUAGAUGGAAAGGGGAGAUGGACAAACUGGUUUCCACCAACUGCUCCAUGCUUGAGAUGGUACAGAACCUGGACAGUCACGGCAAAAAGGACGACGAGGAUCUCAGUAAUUACUUGGAUCUGGAUUUUAUACUCUCGAACACGACCGGGUCGGACAGCGCGGCGGACUUCGUCGGCACCACCGAUCCCAGCAUGUACUCGACUGGAAACUCGGUGCCAUCGUACCCGGCAGACGACCACCGCUCCCCGCCGCCCCCAUACGGCGCCAGUCUUAUGACAGAGCUCCUGCGCUCAGAAGGAACCUGCAACUAUGGCAUUACGCGCAACCCUGGCAUUCAGGGGAGGUUUUAUGUCAACACGGCGCCUUUCCCCCGCCCGGACAACAUCAAAGUGGAGCCACCCAUGGACAGUUACGGCCCGGUCAUGGGCAUGGUGCCACAGAGCUGCAGCAAGAUCAAGCAGGAGGGCAACGUCUCGUGCAUGAUGUCCUUCGAGCAGCCGCGGGUGGCCAUCUCCCCCCGGGCUGCCAGCAGCAUGACCCCCCCGCUCAGCCCCGACGACCAGGGCGCGUCGGACUGCCAGACGCAGCUGUGCCAGCAGCCCAUGAACUUCCAGCAGAAGUAUCACGCGCCGGCGGCUUUCCAGCACCACCCUCAGGCUCACCAGAUGCAGAUGCCUUACCACGCUCCGCACCCGGGCUUCGGCAUGUAUGACGAGAGCCUCAGCCUGCAGCCGGGCGCGCAGCGCGUGAUGCUCACGCCGCCCUCGUCGCCGCUCGAGCUGCUGGAGUCCAAACCAAAGAGGGGUCGGCGCACGUGGCCGCGGAAGCGCACGGCCACGCACACCUGCACCUUCGCCGGGUGCGGGAAGACGUACACCAAGAGCUCUCACCUGAAGGCACAUCUCCGAACUCACACCGGCGAGAAGCCGUACCACUGCAGCUGGGAAGGCUGUGGAUGGAAAUUCGCCCGUUCGGACGAACUGACGCGCCAUUUCCGAAAACACACCGGACACAGGCCCUUCCAGUGCCACCUGUGCGAGCGUGCCUUCUCCAGGUCUGACCACCUGGCGCUUCACAUGAAGAGGCACAUGUGAAGGAGCCCAAACAAGGACUUGGGGGUUUCAUGGGUGGGGUUGUGUUAUUUUUAUUUCAAUUCCAUUGUAUUUUUUUUUUUUUUAUUUAAAAUGUUCUCCAACAUGACCAAAGUCUUUUUUUAUAUAAUAUUGAAAAAAAAGAAGUUUUAGUGUUAUUUUUCUUAAUAAUGUAGCUGGUACUACUUUGGUUCUAUGAAAGCUUUAGAAAAGCUUUGUUUGCUUUACAGCAGGCAGACCAAGAAGGGGCUGGCCCUGUAUAUACUACUCUUCCUUGACAGAACUGGAAUGCUGUGUUUGACACAAAAGUGCCUUUCUAUGACUGUGCUACUGUAAAACUCUUUGUGUGACAGAACUACGUGGCCAAAAAACUGUACAUGUUCUUGUUGACAGGAGUGAAAUGCACAUACAGUUGCCUAACAUGUGCAAAGACAAUGUUUUAUUUAAAACUGCCUCAGUGUCUGAACGGCCGUUUCCCAACUCUUUUGGACGCUUUCUCCCAUUUGGAACUGUUAUUUUCUCGGUGUGAAACUCUUGGAUCCAGCCCCUCUGUACACUAUCAGGGCUUGAUGUCCUGUGCAUUAUUUUUUACUUAAAUUUAUAUAAAUAAGUACAUGGAUUUUAUACUGUAAAAUGUGUAUUUAUUGUAAAUAUUAAAAAGAAUGGAACUCAA